AGAUGGUUUGAUUCAUGACUGCAUUCUACUUUCGUUUGUUUAUUUCCUUAUUUACAGACAGUUGACUCGUAUAUAUUUAAUAAUUAAACCACUCAUUCUGAGCCCUAAAAUGCCUAUUUGUCUUUUUGUUUUAGUCAUUUGAUAAAUGUGUGCGAUUAUGUCAAGGUUGUUUGUGUAAGUCCAAACAGUAGGCUGAACCAAUGGGCACAGCCUGUUUAAGAAGUUGGGCGCUAUUCAUGCGCGCUGCCCGGGGGAAAGGUGUUCCGGUCGGGAAAAAAAGCCACAGAGGAAGAAGAAAGGGGGAGGAAGGGAAAAAAUUUGUAAAGAAAGAAGCUGUACGUUGAAUAUUUUAGCGCAGUUUUCCGGCGUGGAGUGCGCAGUCUUGUGUUUAUCUCUGCGAAUAUGUUUGGGUGAGCGCUACGAGAACUUCCUCCCUUCGACUCGCUGCAGCUGGUUUUGUAUUGUUACACGCCUUUGAAGACUUCCACUUCUGGGGAAUAAUGGUCAUUUUCUUUCAAUCUGGACUGGGCAAAGUGGAAAUCCUGCGGGACAACAGGAGGCUUUGAUCUGCCUUGUACUUUUUUUUUGCUGAGGAAUAAACGCUUUUGAGUUCUCGGAUACGGACGGCUCAUUUAUCUGUACGUUACUGAGAAACUUUUUUUAAGUUGCUUUUUUGAAAGCCGCUAGUUGAGUCAGAAAGGGGCCGUGGUGUAUCCCAUAACCUGUGUGUUUUACUCCGACACAAUCAAAGGAAACCGCGUUGGAAUUUCUUCAGUAUUCAAACUCCGUUCUUAUUUUUUAAACAACCGGCAGCGCCGUUUAUAUAAAUCCACAAAGAACCAAGUGGUAAUUAUAAGACUUGCAAGUGGUUCCGACAACAGUGGAGCAGUGUUGCGGAUGUGACUGCGAGACUCCAGCGUUUGAAUGGAUCGGUUCUGCGCGAGUUUGGGAGCGGAAUUCAAGACUCUUUGAAGCCUGACGGUAGUUUUCACACGUUCAUUUACUCACUGCUGAAGACAAGGCCACAAGUAGCUGCAAAAAGGAUCGCAAACAAAUGGAUGAACAUGUUCCUGUUCACACGCAUGUUGAGCAAAUUUAUCACAAGCAAACAGUUUGGAGACAACCCGUUUGUUUUCAAGUCUAACUAGUACGACAUGUAGCCUGAGGAAAUGUCAUAGUGUUUUUAUUUAUCUUCAAAGUCACAUAUUUAUUUUUGUAGAACAUCAGAAAGUAUUAUUUGUUUUGUUUUUUAUUGUUAUUUUGUUAUAACCUUUGGAUGUCACGUAUCAUCUGCUGUUGAAACACUUGAAUGAUGCUUGUGCCCACACUGUAUUUCACUGUAUUUAUGUAGUACACUAUUUAAACUGUAGUUGUUUUCAGGUGGCAUCUAAGAGGAAUUCAAUUCGUACUUUAUAUUUUAUAUCAUUGAGCGUACAUUUAAAAACACAAUGGAACGGUUUGGCAGCAAACUAAAGCAAAAGCUCAAACUGAGUGACUCUGGAAGUGUCAAAUUCAGCAAAAAGAAAAAUGACUUGGCCAAUGCAAAUAACAACAGUAACAAUGCUAAUAAUGGGACUUUGGCCCAGAUCAGUGCACCCGUGAGCACCUCUCAGUUCCCGCUCUCCUCUUCCUCUGUAGAGGUGUGUGGCCAGUCAGUAGGAAGACCUGGCAAAGUGGCCGCUUCUCAGAGAAUUGCACCCUCGAAUACCACCUCAGCUACCGUACCUGAGGAUUACGGGCCUGGGAUUGAACAUCACCCGUCUACUCUCGCCCCUCUGCGGCGUCGGUCGCCCCAGCAGCGAGCAUCAUGCUAUUUACCAGAAGUGGAACAGGGCAACUCGCCCAGAGAUGAAUGUGACCCACAAGGGGCGUACAGCCCGAAUUCUCGUGCAGCCUUGAAGCAGCGGCGUUAUUCUCUAGAGCUUCAGCAGCUCGUUCGCCGCCAGCAACUUCUCGCCCAGCCUCCUCCGCUGUCGUCUGUACCACCUCCGUACCCGACCCACAGCUCGGCUGCCCGUUCAUCCACAGUGGAGCCCGGCUUCCUCCACGAAUUAGAGCGCCACAAGCGCUUGUCUCUGCAGGAAGCUCUGUUCUACAAGCGUUUGAGCUCAGGUGGUGAACCUUGGGACAGCGGGCGACCUGCUUCCCUAUCGCACCCCCCACAGAGGACCCAUGACAGCAGCAUAGGGGGGUUCUUUUUCCCCCCUGCACCAGCGUUGAGCCCCUGCUCCUCUUUUAGCUUACAAGAGUCUGUGUUGGCAAGCCCUCGCUCCAGUUUUGCGAGCAGUACUGCUAGUGGAGGAGGCGGAGGCGGCGGGAGUCCCAUGGGAAGUCGGUGCAGCAGUAACCGGACCAGUGGCAUUAGUUUGGGCUACGACACCCGCCAUACACCUGUGCCCACCCAACAGCUCCAGCUCUCCUCGACCCAAGUCGGUGGUGCCACCUUUGGUCAGGCGUACUCCAUACAAGUGUCCGGGAAAACAGGAGCCCCCCCAAUGGAGGUUUGGAGGGACUGUCUCGAAGGGGUGUCGGGAGUUGGAGGAAGUGCACAAGACAGCCGACACUCAUAUCCGCCCGCGCUAAGCACAAACACUGUCACCUUCCACCGAGCAGAACCAGAAUGGGGUCCCACUGACCAGCGGGGAUCAAGAGGCGAUGGAGUGGGCGAGAGGGCGAGACACUCUGACUUGCUAGGAACCCGAUACCAGCAGGAGCUCACCCGCCUGCUAUUGAGAGAUGCUGCCCUGGAAGGAGAAGCUUUAUUUGGAGGCCUGACUUUAAAAGAACAGCCCUUGUCUGCCACCAUCCUAUCCAGCUCCCUAUCUACUCCAGCCCCAGGAGGAGCUCCAGGGACAUCCCUGGAAGAUCAGUUGGCUGGAAGGGAGUCAGUAUCAUCUGUGGAUCGACAAGAGUACUUCGGUACAUGUGUGAAGUGUAGUAAAGGUGUAUAUGGUGCAGAUAAUGCUUGCCAGGCUCUGGACAGUCUCUAUCACACCCGCUGCUUCACAUGCGUUUCCUGCGGGAGAACACUCCGCAACAAGGACUUUUACAACGUCAAUGGCUUGGUCUACUGUAAGGAGGAUUACAUGUUCUCAGGCUUCCAGGAAGCAGCUGAGAAGUGCAGUGUUUGUGGUCACCUCAUCCUGGAGCAGAUCCUGCAGGCUCUAGGGAACUCCUAUCACCCUGGAUGUUUCCGCUGUACGGUCUGCUCAAAGGCUUUGGACGGGGUGCCAUUCACAGUAGACUACCUCAACAAUGUCUACUGCGUCUCUGACUACAACAGGCAAUUUGCUCCAAAAUGCGCUGCCUGUUUACAACCCAUCUUACCUGCUGAGGGCAGUGAGGAGAUCCUCAGGGUGGUGUCAAUGAACAAAGAUUAUCACUUUGAGUGUUAUCACUGUGAGGAGUGUGGGAAGCAGCUCUCCGAUGAGCCUGGAUCUCAGUGCUUCCCUCUGGAUUCCCAUCUCCUCUGCCACUCUUGCCACAUGAGCAGAGUGGGCGUCACACAUAACCUUCCCCCUCACAACACACACUGAAAUGAGAACUAAUG